AUGUCGGCUCAAUAUUUGCUCGGAUCGUCUCAUAUCGGUGACCGGUCUUUUGUAUUUACCCUGGUGCUAACAGGAUUUGAUGUUGCAGGCGCGUUCGCAAAAGAAAGACCCCAUGAAGAAGAAGAAGCGGCUUUGUCUUCUGAAUGGUAUGAGAAGGCUUUCUUAAAGCUAACAAAAUUGAGUCAAUUGUUGAAACAUGUGGAUUUGAUUGAUGGAAGAUUAAUUAAUCUCAAUGAACAUUCAAGAAUUUUCGACGAUAAGCUGGAGCACGAAAUGCAAACAUUCAAGUCCCUUGUUAGAGCGUUUAUUGGGUGUUUUUCAGUUCAAGAAACAAUGAGGAAGAACUUGAUGGCCUCAUUUGCUGAUGAUCCACGACGCAGAGAAUUUCAGUGCUUUACUAAGCCGAGCGAAAGGGAUCCGAUUACUUUGAGUUCAUUGACUAAAGUGGCUGACAUUUUGAGCAUUUCCGCGCAGCAAAGGAAGAUCGUGAGGCAUACAAUUUGCCCACAAGUGACACAGCACCAGAUAUGGACUGGUGCACUUGAGGAGGUACUGAAAGGAUUGAAAUCUGAGAUUGAUUUUCUGAUUCAUUGCUGCACAAGUAAAGAGAUUAACUUGGCACAACAAAUAGUUGUGAGUUGUAUGAAGUUAUUAGAUUCUGCUAUAUUACCUGACUCUGAGUCAGCUUCAUGGAUGCGCCUCAUGCCUACAAAAGGUGAGGACUCAUCUCCUUCUCACAAAUGGGAAGAUGUUCUUGAGAUGUUAGUUGAUCUUAUUAACUGCUUAAGCGAAGAAAAGAGAUUAAUUUUGCACGUUGAGAAGCUUGAGGUCAUGAAAGAAGGGCUAUAUCAGAUUAGGGAUGUCUUGAUGGAUAAGAAUAUUGGGUAUCGGGAUGUCCGGUAUCAAGAAAAUUUAGUGCAGAAGAAAUUAACAAAGGCAUUAGGUCAUUCGUCGCGAUGUUUGUUUACCCUUUUGUUGUACUAUCUUUACGGCUGUGUGAAAGACAUUGAAGUAGACGUUAGAGGGGGAGUUCAUAAACUUGAUGGUGAGAAUAAGUUUUGCUUAUAUAUGGGGAAGAUUUUGACGUCAGACGAGGAGAAGGCGAUUUGGAUUGGGGUGAAGCAACUGGAUAAGGCUCUUGGGGUCUUCAAGUUUGUGAUGGAAACAGCAGGGAUGAAAGGAGAUCUGGUGCUGCAAGGCCAUUUGUGGUGUGUUGGAGCUGAGAACAGUGUGCCAAACCAAGCUAGACAUGAGAAUACCUCCCUCUCCCAUCAUUGUUCAAAAUUAUAUACCACCAUCAGUCUCCUCUCUUUUUUUGGACUGGGACAAGCAGGUACAAAAUCAUCCAAGAGGUACAUGCAGCAAUACAAUGAAGUGGAACUCUGUGGCCUUGGCUUGGCUAUUUCCACAGUGGUCAGCAUUGCUGAAAUUUUGAAGAACAAUAGAUUUUCUGUUGAAAAAAAAAUCGGGACGUUGACUGUAGACAUGAGGGAUGAACCAGGAGCACGGCCAAUCUCCAAGGCGAAGAUUGAGAUAUUACUAGUGAAGACACAGAACUUCGAUGAAUUUAUGGCCGCUGAAGCAGAGGAAAGAGAAAAUGGGGGCGAUGAACAAAACUGA